UUUACAGGUGAAGGUAAUCGUGUUUUUAAGAAGGUGGAGCCCUUUGAAAGUCUUUCCUCAGUUCCUCAGAUGUUAUCGGGACCUGAGUAAUGAAUGCGUCAGAAACACGUAAAUUCCUCGCAUCGACACAGGCUACUUUCAGUUCCACUGAAACUCGAUUUUAACAAUGUUUAAAUGAUAAUCAAAUCCACAACAUAAGGCGCGUGGCGUUACUUACCCACACUACAACAAUACACAACAAUGCUCGGUGAACAACCGUUGUACGUCUCUCUUAAUAACAGGUAUUUUUAGCACGCAACCAUAAUUUAAUUUUAAAUAUUGUAAACGAUUUUAGCCUGGAAGCCCCUCUAAAGGGACCAGAAUACACAGGACAGCCGAGCCAGCGUCGCAGUCGUUUGACUAUUUGGCUUCCAUUCACAUUAUUGUGUUAUUGUGACAAAACACAUAGUUUUAAUUCCGGGGAUGUCAAGUUGCUCAGUUGUCCCUCUUACUUUACCACAAUGGGAAGGCAGAUCACGAAGAAUUCGCUUCAUUUACAUGUCAAAUUCGACAUCGUUCAGACUGAAACUAUGUCCCAAAAAGGGUCCAGUGAUUCCUCUCUAUUUAGGAGCUGAUGUAUUGUCCAACACUGAUGUAAGAACAGAGAACCAUCCUAGGUACCACGCCAAGUUUGCAAAAAAAGGACUGGCCACAAAAAUACAUUUUUCCCCAGCUUUUAGGUUUCAUGGGUUAAAGGUUACAACCACAAAUAACAGCCUUUGGUUCUACAGUGUUCAAGGACUUUUCAGAGUAGCCUUUGAAAUGUACAGUAAGCAAGAACAGCUUUCUGUUUUGGAGAGUUUUCAGGAUGUCUGGAAAUCACAGAUAAGUGACAGCCCUCUGAAAAUGAGUUACAGCCUCAGUGAGAACCUUGACUUUUCAGUGCCCACUGGGAGUGACACACAAUUAAGGCAUUACCAGUUUGCCAAGGCAACAGCUGAUCUAUGUGGCAAUAACACAGACGAUACGUCCGCUGAUCAUGAUUAUUGCUCUUUUCCUAAGCUGAGCUCCCAGACUGAAGGGAAGCAACAAGAUUUAUUGACAGUGAGACAAAAACUCCACAGGUUAGAUCAUAGACUCUCCUCUGAGUUGUCAGGUUACACCGAUCAGCUAGAAACUAUUUUGUUACUUUUGGACAGCGUUGAUCGAUACAUAAACGGACAUCUAGAAGAAAAAGGUGUGUCAGAAACAGUCCUAGCCCUGCUAAAGGCCAAAGACUGGGGCUCUGUGUAUUCAAGCUCUCUGCUCAGUUGUAUAGGACGCUGGCUUGGUGAGCAGUUCCACGCAGCAAACAGCUGCAUCAGCCGAAAAGUGGAGGACUUUAAAGUUCAGCACAUUGAACAAAUAAGCAACUUGCCACCUGCCGAGGAACUGGCCACGGAACUUUUCCCAGAAGCCAUGCGGACAUUGCUCCUUCACUGGAUGGGCCUAAGUGAGGAGUCUACGCUGGAAAAGAGACACAGCGAAUACCCAAUCCUGCUCCUUAUCCUCGAGUUUGCAAACCACAACCUCAUUACUGGUGUUGCUCAUGUGCUGUACUCUAGUCUUAUAUGUAAAUAAGGAAUUUACAUACAGGUUACAACAAAAAGGUUUGGGAAUAAAAAUUGUAUUUUGUAUUUAGGUUACCCACUAUAGAUAUUUAGUUUAAUAGGAGUCCAGUUACUAUCUGGUCUAUAUUUUUGAAAAUUCUGUCAUUUUGCUUUACAUUUAAUGUUAAUUUUCUACAAAUGUGUUAAGUGCUGCCUAACAUUUAAACAGGCAUUAAGCUUAAAUUUAAAAUAAAUUUCGAUUUUUUUUUUUUUUUACGAUUUCAUCAUUGUAACAUGAAAUAAUAUACACAAUAAUAUUUAAACAUGAUUGAACCCUCACCCCUUAAAACAACACACAAACUCCACAAAGUGCAUUAAAAUGCAUUAAAAAGCCAUUCAACACAAACCUAAUUUAUUGAAAGAACAUUUGUAAUAUUCAUUACCUUCUCAAGUCCUUUUCAAGCCUUUUCAAUCUUGAGGACAAUAUGUAUUUAAACCACUGUUUGUCCCCCCCCCCAAUCAGGAUCAAUGAAACUAAGAGAUUCUGAUAUUGCUACAUCAACUUCAGAUGCCUUUUGCUGUAUGGUUGCAAACAGUGUUCACUUGAAUGACAUAUUUACUUUAUAUUCAAACAAUCACAUCAAUAGGAGGAUUUUAAACUACCACAAUUGUAACCAGCACCAGCUGGUCAAACUGAUGCUUUCUUUUCCACAGAUGUACAGGUUAAUAAACACUGAGAGAACUCAG